AUGACUAAAAUUUUGUCUGAUGCACUUUUAAGGGAUAUUAGUAAUCUUUACGAUGGAACCGAUGACUAUGAUGUAAAAAUUGAAGUUGGGCAAGAAGUUGAAACAGAGAUUUUUAAAGCACAUUCUGUUAUUUUGCGUGCUAGGAAUAACUUCAAUUCAUCUAUUUUUACGGCAAGGCAAUUUUGUCUUAUUUCAUAUUGGAUUAAUGGACAAGAACCAUUAUUAACGGAUCUUAAAAACAAGAGUUUAAAAUCAAUUAUAUUGAGCAGAGUAAAAGAUAGUGGUUAUGCAAUUUCUGAUGAUGCGUUAAAUAAGAUAGGGUUUGGUAAAGGAGAUCUAUAUAUUUUUCUAAAUAGAUGUGACUUACAAGAUUAUACUGUUAAAAUACUUGAUUCAAAAAGUUUUGAAAUUGUGGAUUAUGAAGUAUUUCAAGUAUUAACAAAAUAA